GUUGAGCCAAUCUGUGUCAUUGGAUUAGUGAGCCGAGAGGACAAGUUGUUUCUCCAAGUUGAAUCGUCUAAUAAAUAAUCAAUGACAUGAUUAGUUAUAAAUUAGCAUGAUCGUCCAGACGUAAAAAUGUUAUAUUAAUUAUAAUUAAAUUUAAUUAUUUAGUUAUUAACGUGAUAAGUAUUGUUUCACUAUUAGAUUGUGUACGCCCCCACCUCACGUAUAGAUUGUGUUAUUAUAGGGUGGUUCGUGGAGUCAAUUUAUAAAGAAUUUAUAAUAAAAGUUGUAUUAUUUCAUAAAAUAAAACUUAUUUAAGAUUUGAAAAGGAGUAACUUCUGGAAUAAUUGAGUAAUUAUAAGUUAACUUUGCGUGAACUGUGUCACAGUAAAACAAUAAAGAUGAAUCCAUGUAAGUCAAAAAAAGUCUUGGCAGAAUCUAAGAGGGCCACGAACGAAUUGGACCAAAAAAAUCCACUGAAAAACGAAAACAAAUCCCCAUAUUUCCCGGAAUAUUCCUCGUUUCUCCCUUAUAAAGUCCUUCAAAACGCUAAUGACAAGCACGAAAGCGUUAUACACAAACAUUUCAACAACACUCUCUCUGUCCCUCUCGCUUCACAUGACUCGUCUGUUGAGAUCUCUAGGCGAGGUGAACUCGUCGUCGGCCAACACCACCACCACCACCGCCGGGUUACGUGAGCCGGUGGCCUUGGACUCGGACUUCGUGGUGAUCCUCGCCGCGCUCCUCUGCGCACUCAUCUGCGUACUCGGCCUCGCCGCCGUCGCUCGCUGCGCGUGGCUCCGUCGCCUCUCCACCUCCAGAACCAACACCACAGCCACCACAUCACCGCUUUCUCUUCCUCCUCCUCCUACGGUGGCGGCGGCGGCGGCUCUGGCCAACAAAGGCUUGAAAAAGAAGAUCCUUAAGUCGCUCCCGAAGCUCACCUUCACCGCCGAGUCCGCCGCCAAAUUCUCCUCCUCCGAGUGCGCGAUCUGCCUCUCGGAGUUCGCCGCCGGCGACGAGAUCCUCGUGCUGCCUCAGUGUAGCCACACCUUCCACGUGGCGUGCAUCGAGACGUGGCUGGGGUCACACUCCUCCUGCCCCUCCUGCCGUCAGAUCCUGGUGGUCGCCACAUGUCAAAAGUGCGGUGGAGCUCAGGCCGAUACCGGAUUCAAGGACCGGACCGAUGAUAGGUUCUUGCCCUAGUCAUAGCCGAUAAACCAAUUAAUUUCAAAAUUUCGGUUUUAACGUUAGAUUAGGUGUCACAUAAAAUUAUUGUUACAUAUUAGGAUUUUAGGGUUUGGAUGAUUUGAUUACGAAUUACGAUUUCUCUGUAUUCGAUUAUGUGCAUGUAAUUAUGUAUUUGAUAUAGCGUUUCAAGGUUUGUUCUU